AUGGAAUUUGUGGCCACAACCAUGAACGAGCUAUGCACCGAGCAGCAAGUCUGCAGCCGGAAAAGAGCUCCGGAACUCCGCUACUCCGACGACGAAACCAAAGGCUACAAAUCCAAGAACCUCAUCGCCGAGAGGAAGCGCCGGCAGAAGCUCACCGACCGCCUCCUCAUGCUCCGAGCUUCCGUCCCAAUUAUCACCAAUGCCAGUCUCCAAUCUCUCUGUCUCCCAAAAGAUUCCCAGUUCCGAAUUUCUUCGCCAAUUAACUUUUCUGGGUUCGGUUGGUUUUUGCAGAUGAACAAGGCGACGAUCAUAGACGAUGCCAUUACUUACAUACAGGAGCUGAUGAGGAAUGUGGAGGUUUUGAGCGACCAGCUGGACGCUUUGUCGGCGGAGGAAGCAGCCGAAGGUUCCGAAUCUCCGGCGACUGUCUCCGCUGAGAUCAAGAAUGAGGAUGCUGCUGCUGGUGUCGAUCCAGAGGAGAUGAAGACUUGUGGGAUUCAGGAGGAAGUGGAGGUGAUGCAGAUUGAAGGGAAGAAGCUGUGGGUGAAGAUUGUGAUGGGGAAGAAGAGAGGGAGGUUCACCAAGCUGAUUGAAGGAAUGACCAAGUUAGGUCUCCAAUUGACUCAUACCAGUUUGACCACUUCCAAAGGAGCAUUCCUUGUUUCAUCCUGUGUUGAGGUGGUUUGUGAAGAGAUGGCAAUGGUUCAUCAGAUCAAGGAGUUGCUGAUACAAAUUAUGAAAGGAAUAUGAAGAAAUUGAAAAUGAUUUACCAAGUUUUGAAAGGAGAGGGAUUAACUUAAUUAAUUGCGAAGGAUGUUCUGUUGAGCUUUGUAAUUGUCACCAUUGUUGGUCUACCGAACGACAUAGAGCUUCACCUAAUGCUUAAGGGAUAAAAAAAAAGUUUAGAAACUAGAUUGGAGACAUAAUUUGAUUGGGAAAUGUUAGUUCAUAAUCUACUUUAUAGAUCCGAUGUUCCAUCCAUCAGUCCGUUGAUAAUCAUCCAAAACAAACAGAAAUGAUCUUUGUCCUUGAAUUUCCAAACUAAAAUGACAAAAUCCUCAAACUCAAGUUUUUGGAGAGUAAUUUGCGUAAGAAUCUGAUA